CUGAACUUCAAAUUUCACCCCUAAUAAUAAUAGUAAUAAUAAGACUAAAAUGAACUAUAUUUCUUCAUUAGUCUUCAGUCACACUCUGACCUCCCUGUGAACUGAAACCGUGCUGGAGUUUAUCGCUUCUCCUCAAACCUGCUGAGUUAUGAAUCCUUUAUAACCAGACAGAGAUGUGACUCGCCAGGCGGUAAUGAUACACCAGAGUGAAGUGGAUCGUGCUGGUCAGCCUCGGCGAGGUCACCUCCAGGUCAGACCUUGUGCAGCUCGGGGCUGACCACAUGUCCCGUAUUUACCAGAACCUGUCCUUCCAGACCUUGUUGAUAUAUAACCAAAGUUGCUCAGUAACUUCAGCAUCCACAUCGACCUGCACCUCAGUCUGGGUUUCCACUUCAGAGAGGAGCAGGUAUUUCUUGAGGAGUUCCUGGCCAUGGCGUUGCGUCCGCGUGCUUCUUCUCAGCCUGGGAAGCUUUCGUUCUUCCAGAGCCCGAAGGCGACCUCCUCCCUGCGACCCCGGGCGGUUUCUUCCCGCUCGGGGUCGGUGCUGGAGGACGAGCUCUCCUGCCCUAUCUGCUGCGAGAUCUUCAGGGAGCCCGUCGUCCUCAAGUGCAGCCACAGCUUCUGCCGCGCCUGUUUGCAGCAGUUCUGGAACAAGAAAAAAGCCCGGCGAGAGUGUCCGGUCUGCAGGAGGAAGUGCUCCCUGACCGAGCCCACUGUCAGUCUGGCGCUGAAGAACGUGGCUGACACUUUCCUCAGGGAGCAGGAGCUGAAGACCGCCAUGCCGGCGACCGGAGCUGCUGGAGAAGACGCUGCACUGGUCGCACUGUGUGCCAUGCACGGAGAAGCUCUCAAGCUCUUCUGCAUGGAUGAUUCAGAGGUUCUCUGCUGUGUGUGCCUCACCUCCAAGAAACACCAGGGGCACAAAGUAUGUCCAUUAGAAGAGGGCGCUCAAGAUCUCAAGGCCGAGCUGAGGCAGGAGCUGAUUCCUCUGAAGAAGAACCUGCGGCGCCUGUAUGAAGCGAAGCAGGAGUGUGAUGACACAACGGUGCACAUCAAGAACCAGACUCAGGCGACAGAGAAGCAGAUCAGAGAGGAGUUCGAAGAGCUGCGGGAGUUCCUGCAGCGAGAGGAGGCGUCUCGUCUGGCCGCCCUGCAGAGGGAGGAUGAGGAGAAGAAGGAGCUGGUGAAGAAGAAGUCUGACAGCAUCACAAGAGACAUCCUGACUUUCUCUCACGCCAUCAUCGCCGUGGAGAACGAGAUUGCGUCCAGCGACGCCCUCUUCCUCCAGGUGAGAGGUCUUCUGCCCGAGCAGGUCGCACGUACUGACACUUUGUUUUGGUCCUUGCAGAACUACUCAAACACAAAGAAAAGAGCUCAAAUCCCUCUGAAGGAGCCGGAGAAGGUGUCUGGGGCGCUCAUCCACGUGGCUCGCCAUGUCAGCUCCCUCAAGUAUCACGUGUGGGAGAAGAUGGUGGAGCUCGUCCAGUACACUCCCAUCACCCUGGAUCCCAACACCGCCUACUCCUGGCUGUCGCUCUCCAGAGACCUGACCCAUGUGACCAACAGUGGAUCCCUGCAGCAGCUCCCAGACAACCCGGAGCGUUUCGGCCACUUUGUCUUCGUCCUGGGCUCCGAGGGCUUCACCUCCGGGCAACACGCCUGGGAGGUGGAGGUCAGCAACAAGACAGACUGGAUGCUCGGCGUGGUCAAGGAGUCCAUCGACAGGAAGGGCCGCAUCUCUGGAUGUCCCGAGGGGGGGUUCUGGAUGAUAUCCCACUAUGAAGGCGAGUACUCCGCCAUGACCCGACCCAGUACCACGCUGCAUCUCCAGGGCGAGCUCACCAGGGUCCGAGUGCAGCUGGACUUCAAGGCGGGAGAAGUGGUCUUCUCCAAUCCCAUAAGUUUGAUGCCCAUUUACACCUUCACCGACGUCUUCACCGACAAGAUGUUCCCCUUCUUCUGCCCGGGAGCCAACAUCAACGGAAACAACCCCAAACCGCUAAAGAUCUGUCCUGCCAAAGUGGCUGUGUGGAAUAGUUCAACCUGGUGACUCAUUUUCCUGGUCCCGGUGACGCAUCUUUGCAUCUUCACUUUUGAUCUCAGCUCGCAGUGUGAAGUUUUCCACUGAGCCGUGGAACAAUGGCGGCUGUAGCCGUGUGCAAGACUUUAGCACUAAUGGUUCAUAAAGGUUUAAAUACUGAAGUUCAUAAUUUCAUACAUAGAGGAGAGGAAAAUUGUCAAUAUAGUAAAAACAACGAAACAAACACAAAUAAAUUUGUUCCGCGGCACGCCGAUGGAAAAACGCUGGUCUGAAGUACGAUGUCAUCAAACACGCUUUACUGUUUUAAAAAUCGUAACCAUCCGGGAUUUCAUUUAUCAUUUCACUGGUGACCGUUCCAUCCCUUACGGGUGGCGAGGAGCGUCCUGGCUGAGGGCAGCUGUGGAGUGCUUUUCUAGCUAUUCAUAGUUAAGCAGUCAUCCGUAAGCUUUUAAGAGCUCCCAUGCAUUCAUUCCGUGACCACUGUAGCCCUCUGACUGAGGAGGAGGACGGAUUUGUUUGGUCAAGUUUUAAGCUAAAGACAUGCUCCAGCGUAAGUCUGAAACAUGCCCAAUGAUUCCCCCUUUGAAGGACUCGCAUCAAAGUCAAGGCCCGUGGGGCCAAACCCAGCCCGCCAGAAACCAGAAAAGCUAUAUGACUAUGUUCAUGAAUAUUUGAGUAUUUUGUUGUUUUUCAAAUGGUGUACAACAAAUAACAAAUAUAUAUAUAAUAUAUAUAUAUAGUAACAAAUAACAUCCUCUGUUAUUUGUUGACUGAUCACCCUGUAACACAGUUAACAGGGAAGUACGUAAAGUUAAGACUUUUAUUGUUUUCAGCUGCAGAGGGAAGUGAAAGAUAUGGUACGCUUGAUGUAAUGAUUGAGGGAUGUAGCAACAAACCUAUCAUUUUUAAGAAGAAUUGUUAUGGCAUAUUAAUUUCAGGGCUGUCAACAAAAUAAAAAUUGUGAUCUUGUUUAAUCGCACAGCAGGGUUA